GUUCAUAAGUGCCGCAGUGUGUGCGGCUGUGCGCGCUGAUGUUGCCGGGUUUUUAAUUUGUUAAAAAAAAAGAAGUGAAUCACCGAUUUUUUUAAGAAAAGGAGAAUGGCCUCUGAUUCUGGCUAUGGUCAGCCUGGUGCUCCAAGCUAUGGAGCUUAUCCUCCUGCUCAGCAGAGUGGGCAGGGCUACGGUCAAGGGAAUGGAAGUGGCUCGUAUGGUGGACAAAGUUAUGCUGGCUAUGGCCAGUCUGCAGAGGGUUAUGGCCAAACACAAGCAAGCUAUGGCCAGCCAGCCUAUGACAGCUAUGGGCAACAAGGCUCUGAUUCCACUGCUGGGUAUGGUGGGGUUGACAAGUCGUCGUCGUCAUCAUACAGUCAGCCCAGUUCUUAUGGAGGCGGCGGUGGUGGAGGCUCUUAUGGACAAUCUCAAGGAGGUUACCGAGGGCGAAGUGAAGGUGAAGGCGGGCAGGGCAGGAGGUAUGGUGGAGAUGACGUGGGCUCAGACAGGGGCUCUUCUGACGGGUAUAGAGGCAGAGGGCGUGGUGGGUACGAGAGAGGCGGGUACGAUCGCGGGGGAUACGAUCGGGGCGGAAGAGGCGGUCCUCCAUCCGGUAUGGGAGGUGCUGACCGUGGUGGCUACAAAAAUUUCGGUGGUCCUCGGGACUACGGCUCCAGGGAUGAACCAAGUGGAGGCAGCCAAGGCAGUGGGAGUGGUGGGGAGCAGGACAACUCCGACAACAACACCAUCUUCGUCCAGGGCCUUGGAGAGAACGUCACGAGCAACGAAGUGGGCGACUAUUUCAAACAGAUCGGGAUCAUUAAGUUGAACAAGAAGACUGGGCUUCCUAUGAUCAACCUGUACUCUGACAAGGCAACUGGAAGACUCAAGGGGGAAGCCACGGUCUCGUUUGACGAUCCGCCUUCCGCCAAAGCGGCCAUUGAGUGGUUUGACGGCAAAGAAUUCCAAGGAAAGCCCCUGAAGGUGUCUUUCGCUACCCGGAGAGCGGAGUUCACCCAGAGGGGUGGCAGUGUCGGAGGAAGAGGAAGUUUUGGCGGCCGUGGUCGUGGGCGUGGGUUUGGUGGCGGUGGUGGAGGUGGUCCCAACUUUGACAUCAAGGGAGGGGACUGGCCUUGUCCUAACAGUUCCUGUGGCAACAUGAACUUUGCCAGAAGAUAUGAAUGCAAUAAGUGUGGCACGCCCAAACCAGGGGACAGUGGAGGAGAUCGUGGCGGCGGCGGCGGCAGAGGAGGUUAUGGCGGGGACAGGGGCGGCGGCUACAGAGGAGGUCGUGGGGGCUUCCGUGGAGGCGACCGCGGAGGCGACCGUGGUGGUUAUGGCGGCGGGGGAUAUGGUGGCGGCGGCGGUGGCGGCUACAAGAUGGGUGGAAGAGGUGACCGAGAAGACAGAAGAGACCGGCCAUACUAAUCUACGUGGAACCAUUCCAGCCCAGGGUUUGGGGUUUAGGUUAAACAGGGGUUGGAGGUGGGUGGGGUGGGGGUUGAUCUACUCUUUAAUUUGCAUACCUUUCAUUGCCAAUGCAUCACGUACCGCUUCUGAUCUGUCUUGUGGGGAGGUAAGGGAAGGAUGUGCAACUACUGUGAAAGGACUUUGGGCUGAUUGGCACAGUUGUUGGGUGUAAGAGGGGGCUGGGACAUUCAUGUUUUUUUUUUUUUUUCCCGUUUUUUUUUGUUUCUUUUUAAUUUCCCCAAUUCUAUUAGGUCCAGGCAUUGUGAUGUAGACUUCUAAGACUUCGUAUCAUUGUUUUGUAAAAUUGAAAUUAACUGUUUUACUUGGAUUUCUCUUUAUUUUCCAAAUGAUAUUAAACUGUUCCGAUCUUA